AUGGUGUCCGAAACUAAAGGGUUCGAUAUGGACGACAAAGUCGACUCCAGAAGGAGCAGCGUCGAUUCUUCUAUCACGGACGUCCCGGUAACAACACCGUCUGCACGGCCAGCCGUCGCUCGGGCGACUACCUCGCAAACCGCAUCAACAUCGACCUCUAGCAUCUCAAAGACGAACAAAUCAACCACAUCGUCGACCAAGUCCAAGCGGUUCAAAGUAAAGUCCUGGCUAAAGCGUGUCGGCUCCGGCAUGCUCGCAUCGAUGGCUUACCACAACGCCGUCGAGUAUUCCCCUGCUGCCGUUCAGUACUGGGAAACGAAGAAGGGCGAGAGGACGCUGGACGAGGUUCUGAGCGAUAUUUACGGUGUGCCGUUGUUUUAUUAAUAGUCGCGAACUCGUUAAGGCUGACUUGUGCACAUCGUCAGUGUAUCGGCUGUGGACCAUAGGGUGAGCGUCACGCAGCGAGAGACGCAUAAUACCCAGGCCUGAAAAUAGUCAAAACAGGCCUGGCUGCUCGAAGAGACAUGGAGAUCUCGUGGCUUGGUUCUUGGAUUUGAACUUUCUCAUUUGUAUCACAUCGCCUGAAACGCUGGACGAAAACUACAGGGGUUGUCACCGCC